AUGACCGAUGCCAGGCAAGUUCAAGUCGGCGCCCCUUCCGCCGAGGCACCAGGCCGCAAUUACAACUUCGAGGAGUACAGGGGCGUCUAUCGCAGGUUGAUUAGUGACGAGACCUGGCCACAAGUACUGCGCAUUGUGGUGGUCGGACCGAUCGGCGAUGCAUUUCGUCAGACCGUAGAGGAGGCGACUCCGAAAGUGCUCGGCUGGGAUCCGCUGUCAGUGAUC